AUGAGCAAGGUCUGGUCCAAAGAGGUGGACAGAUUCUGCCACCAGUAUCUACAGGUCGAGCCUACUCUUGACUUUCCUAGCCCGGAAUUUCUUAGACUCAGCGAGGUUCAGGAUGCUCUCUAUGCUCUGUUGUACGCUGACGGGGCAGUCCGCUAUGGGCCUCCAGCACGGUACCAGACAAAGAUUUUGAAGGAGCUUGUUGCCAAGGUUGAGGCUAGUAUCGAUGACUGGGACCAAUAUGAAGUAUCUGAGAACCUGAUGAGUACCCUGUCAAGUCUCCUCGCUACACCCGUCCCGGGAGAAGCUGCCUCAGUGCAGCAAAAAUGCUAUGUCACGUAUCACCUCUCAGCUCUGCCUGCCUCUGCGGAGCUCAGGCAUGAUAUCACCUUAUUAGAGAACAGAUCCCUGAUUUCGGCAGGGGGGACAACUGGCCUUCGUACUUGGGAGGCUGCCAUCCAUCUUGGCCAGUACCUUUCACGCAACCCCGCUGUCGUCCAACACAAGCGUAUUCUGGAGUUGGGAGCCGGCACCGGCUAUUUGUCGAUAUUGUGUGCGGACCACCUGGAUGCCGCUCAUGUCAUAGCCUCGGAUGGAUCAGACGAUGUCAUCAACAACCUCCCAGACAACUUCUUCCUCAAUAACCUCCAGGACUCCACCAAAGUCAUCCCCAUGGAGGUCAAAUGGGGUCAUGCGCUAGUUGGCACCGAGGACGAGAAGUGGAACGGGGGCAACACAGUCGACGUCGUGCUGGGGGCCGAUGUGACUUACGAUAAGAGAGUGAUCCCAGCGCUGGUAGGGACUGUUUUGGAGUUGUUUGACUUGUUUCCAACAGUGGAGGUCUACAUCGCUGCGACGCAGCGGAAUGAGGAGACGUUCUCGGUGUUUCUGGACACUUGUAAGAAGAAUGCACUGGUAGUUGAGGAUAUGGAGUUUCCUGUCAUUCCAAGGGGCUUACAGGAGGGGCCAUUCUACAGUGAUGGUCUCGCCAUUAGAAUAUGUAGACUAUCUCGGUCGUGA